AUGUACGCUGCCGGCGACGGCUACGUCGACCUCAGAUACGGGCCCCCGCUCGGAGCUGGUCCCGACUACCGUAAUGUCCUCACGACACACCCUCAGCUUCUGUCUCUUCCUCGCUCCAUCAACGCAGGCAUUCCCGGCCUCAGGUCCGAGAUACCACAACAAGACGGCUGCGACCAUGGCCUGGACCAAGGCUACUAUCCUGGAGAGCUGCAGGAUGGGCCCGACUGCCGGUUCCCGUUACCCUUCUCAGUCGACGAAGCCAACGCUGCUCAUGCCCCGGACUCUUGCGGCUCCCAUUUUGAUGCCACCAUCGAGGAGAAACAGGCCAGUCCAUGGAGCACCUCUCAGCCGAUCUCGAGGGCCGCCUCCUCCGCCCUCAACUCUGCCGGUUCGUCGGGUGACGACAUGGAAUGGGCCGUCGACUUGGGCUGGACAACCUCCGAAGUCGGGAGCCCUUCUCAGUUCCUCGAAUCGUCCGACAUGACCGGCCUCGACGGCUUGGCAACGUCAACCAGUUGCAAGGCGGCCCCCCAGGUGGCUUCUCCGACGGAAAAGCAACAGCCGGUCGACGACGUCGUCCUCGCCCGCGACACAAAACCUGAGCCCGCCGAGCGCGUCAGUGCACCGCCGACGUCGUCUCUUCCGGGCCGGACUGGAAUAAACGCAGCUUCGCAGUCAUUCUACGGACUGCGCGACGCUGUCUGCCGCUCGCUCGACAAAAACCAGCACGUGAUCGCUCGUGCUCUGGCCGCCCCUGGAGAUAAGACGUCAAACACCAGCGGGACCGCGGACCUAGUGCCGGCUGGCGAGUCAUAUCCUUAUGAUGGCUCUUGGUGGACGCUUGAGAGUGAUGCGGCUCUCCAAGCGUACAUUGCAGCCUUCAGCGACUACUUUUACAGCUUCAUCCCCAAGACCGCCAUCGAGGCCCGGGUCAGGGAGGCCCGUCUCCCGGACGCGAGCCACCUCGUCCGCGGGUUCGCAAGCGCCGUCCUCGCCCUCGGCGCAUACUACCACCAUCUUUGCCGGCGGCAGCACGGAGACGUCUUCGUCGCCGGUUCCGGUGCCCAGAAGCAGAACCAGAAGCAGAAGCAACAUUCUUGCUCACGCAACGGCGACAGCGGACACUUGGAUGGCGCCCAGGCAUCGUGGCGGCUACGUGGCGCCCUUGCUUUCCGCGGUCCUUAUGACCUUCAGGCCUCCAUUGCCAGCGAGUGCGAUUUACCAUCUCUAGUCACCGAGAAUGUGGCAAUCGCCGUCAUGCACGUUCGGGAACUGGACUUGGUACAGAUGAAUGCCGAUGAUGAGGAGUCUGCACUCAGCUCGGCAUAUUCGUACGUUCUAGACGUGUCUCACGCUCUUGAUCGAGGAGCGCCUCCGAUGCUCGAUUGCGACUGGAUGGACGGCUCGAGCCCAUCUGACCAAGAGUCCGAACAGGACCUGCUGGGUAUACGCUCCCUGGCGGCUGUGAUGCACCGCUGCUUGAGAAGGCAGUUCAGUCCCCGGGCGUCUUACACCUACUCUUCCGAGAUGGUGAUCCCUGGCGGUGGCAGAAGGCAAAGCCAUUGGGAGUCCCAGGACCAGCUUCGGCACUGGGUCGAGCUCUUCCCCGGCCUGAAGUUGCGGAUAACGCCAGGGAACAACGGCGGUCUGCCCACCAGCACGGCACGCCUGGCCUUCUGCAUGUACCACCGCGCCGUUUUCCUGACGCAUUGCCCGUGGAUCGCGGCCACUGCCGGGCUUGACUCUGAGCCCGUGCUCGAGCAUGAUCACGAUGCCCUUGGACGCGGGUGCUGCAUUCGGGCGUGCCUGGAAUCGGCCCAGCAGCUCAUCGACGCCAUCCCUUGCUUCUUUUCCACGUCUUCAUCCGGCACAAAGCUAGAGAGACAAACUAUGGAGGACCUGGUGCUAGCCAGCCUAUUCCUCAUCAUCUAUUGCAAGGUUAAUAGGGACGUCCCGGGGGAGCACAGGCGGAAGGCGGUUGCACUGGCCGGGCUAUGCCACGGAUCCCUGGCCCGCAUAAGUCUUGACGAGAGCGAUGUCGACUGCGACGACGAUAGUGAUGGCCAGGUCAAUAGUGAUGGCCACCACCUGAUUCUUGAGCGUAUUGGUGUGCUGGUGUCAAUUGCGGAUCGUUGCAAUCCCACAUAG